AUGGAAGAGAAUCCUGGUUCCGCGGGCCCGGUUGCGGUUGUGCGACGACGGUCCGAGUCGCGCUCGCCCAUGGUGGAUCGUUGGUCCGCGCCAGGGAUCACGGAGGAAUAUGACGAUCGCAGCAUCACCACUACCACUACUCCGUACGAGUAUACGAAGUACCAUAAUCGUCUCGUACUAACCGAGCAUCUCCAUCCUAUCCCCACCGGCUUACCUGUUCAGCUGAUGCCCUAG